AUGUCUGAAAAUGAGUUCGAUCGGAAGUACAAGGCCGCUGUCCGGGCUUACUACAACUAUAUGGAAGGGCUGCAUUUGGUGCUGAACGAUAAAGAGGAAAAUAUUUUGAAAAUUCUUCGUGAACGAAGUUGUCCACUGUGGUUCCAAGAGCUCACCGACGAGCAAUGUGAGACGUGCGAUCGGCUUUUGGAUGCAAUUGCCGACGAUACCGACGAACGGACGAUUCACCGUACCAGGGGAAAGGUUCGGGCCCUUGGUGUAUAUCCCCUUGCACCGAACAAUGUGAUUCGAACUGCCCUGAUAUUGUGCAAUCGAAAUGAUAUCUCGUUCCUGUGGACACUACUCGAACUACACUACAUGCGUCAGCCCACCAGUCCAGGCGCAGCUCUACCGAAGGAUUAUUCGAUCAACGAAAGGUUGCUCCUCUCAGCCAUAGCCCAUCUCGACAUGAUGACUACACUGAGAGGGUUGGAUAAAAUUUUACCCCACCGGCCACCAUUUGAGGGUCUGGUCAAGCAAACGCGAAAGGAGUGUGGUUUUCAACGAAACGCGCCAUCACUCAUCCAACGUCAUGCGGUGAAGAAAACGGGACACACCAUUCCGGUGCAAGUGCAACCCCACCGCGACGAGUUUUUGGGGCGCUAUUCACGCUACCUCGAUCCGAAGCACAUAAUUCGCAACGAAGCCUCGCGUUGGUUUGCGCAAUAUAGAGGCUCGAAACGAAAUCUCUUCAAGGGCGACAUAACUUCCAGUAAACUGUGUACCGGAACCGAAUCCGAUUCGCAGUCGACCAGUAGCGUUGGUAGUGCGAAGGAAAUCGUCCAUAAGCUUCUGGACGCACAGAUUCAGGGGAUGAUCAAUCGCGUAGAUUGUUCCCAGCUGUUGUGUCCAAAGCAUCAUGAUCUGACGGACGACGGAGGUGUUGGCCUGAAUACGAUCUUUCUGAGCGAUUCUCCAGCCCGGGUGGCUCUUAUGGAAGCCGUUGAAACCGUGCGUGCCCAGUGGACCCAAGAACAGCAGCGAGCGGUUGGUCCACAAGAAGUGGAUGAUUUGUUGAAGCGCAUCGUCGACGAAGCAGUAACGUUGGCCAUUCUGGAACCAGCGACCAAGUGCCCUGAAUGUCGACAAAGAUUCGAGAUGCAGCAAAAACUGUUGAACGGACACCAGUGUCUGUGCACGCCGGAAACCGAUGCUCGACCACUACCGUUGCCAAUGGAUGGCAAGCCCCGUUACUUUCGAUUCACGGACAAGUCGGUCCCGUACGAGUUUGACUAUCGCAAAAUUAUGGGCGAAACAGAUGGCUUAUGCCCAAUUAAAGGGGCCAUAAAACGUGCAUUCAGAGGACAGGAUGCUGAUGACAGUUCGACAAACAUUAGGGAGAUGAUCGAAAGGUUUAUGGAGCGAUCGUGGGACGAGGAAAGGAAGCUUUUUAAUGCAAAAAUGGCAGAAAACAAGAAACCUACCAUGGAUUCCGAUACGGACACCAAGGAUCCCCUAGAUAUAUCGACCGUUGACAUCAAAAAUCUUAAGUCUUUGAAAGAACUGCUGAAGCGCGCUUUACAUGAGCUUGCCGAAAACCCGAAAUACAUUCUGGCCACGUUUCCGGAGGCUCACAAACUACCCAUUCUGGUGGCAUGGAUACGAGAUCGUUACGGUCUCCGUAUUAGUCCGAAAGAGCGCGAGACAGCUCGACUAGAGAGUCAGUACUUUUGGAACUAUCUCAUACCACGGGCGACUGCUGUUCGGUGGCCAACGCGAAUGGAUACCGAUCUGUCGGCUAAAGUCAAUUGGGACUACAAGGCGAAACUGGAAACGAUGACUAAAACCAUGACGCACCGAUUUUAUCGAAGGUUCAAAAAGGUGGACAUUGAAGAUGGUCGCCUUUGGUGGGCUAGUAUGGCCGCUUAUCACUCUGGCGCCGUCCGGUUCCGGCAAACUUUUAGCGCAUAUUUCCCAAACUGUGAACCGAUGAUGGUACCAAUUUUGCGACCCUGGUAAACGCAUCAACAUCGCACCGACAAACGGAAAUUGUUGACGGUAUCUUGA